AUGCCAGGCCGAGUCACUUACCGAGGAGCAGGUCUCCGAGUUCAAGGAGGCUUUCUCUCUGUUUGCCAGAUCACCACCAAGGAGCUCGGCACCGUCAUGCGCUCGCUCGGCCAGAAUCCCUCCGAGUCUGAGCUGCAGGACAUGAUCAACGAGGUCGACGCCGACAACAACGGCACCAUUGACUUCCCUGGUACGUUUGACCGUUGA